AUGAAAUUUUCCCUGUCGUUUUUCUUCGUACGCACUCUGGAGCAGGCUUUAGCAAAGGUGGUGGAUACGGCGGAGACGAUUAAGAACAACAAAAAAUAUUUCAUCGCUUUGAAACAGACAAACUGCAACAUUUCCAAGACUUCAACUGGGUUUGCAUUGAAUUUCUGCAGCGGCGGAGGUUAUCGUGGAGGCCGAGGAUACGGAGGCGGCGGAGGUAAAGGCGGCUACGGCGGCGGCGGCUACGGUGGCGGCAAAGGCGGCGGCUACGGCGGCGGAAAGGGAGGUUUCGGUGGCGGCGGUGGCUCCAAGGGCGGCUUCGGCGGCGGAUACGGCGGAGGUUACGGCGGAGGAAAAGGAGGCAGACGAGGAGGCGGCGGUUACGGAGGCGGCGGCAAAGGCGGCAAGGGUGGUUUCGGAGGCGGAGGCUUUAGCAAAGGUGGUGGAUACGGCGGAGGCUACGGAGGCGGAUCACAUGGAGGCGGCUAUGGUGGCUACGGAGGCGGAUCACAUGGAGGCGGCUAUGGAGGCUACGGAGGUGGAUCACAUGGAGGCGGCUAUGGAGGCUACGGAGGUGGAUCACAUGGAGGCGGCUAUGGAGGAGGAAGAGGCGGAGGAUACGGAGGAGGCAAAAAGGCUCAUCGAAUUGUUUGUCGGGCAACCCGCAGAGGGAGUCCUGUGAAUUGCAGCAGCAGCAGCAGCAGCUCAUAUCACAGGAUUCCUGAUCUGCUCCGGCUUCCUUUGGUCUCGCUGCUCGGGUAUGCGCGGUAUGCGGCGUCCGGUGCCCGGGAAGCCGUUGUCGGACACGUGUUGCCCAUCGACGCCACAUUGUUAUUUCUGCAACUCUUCUGGAUGAGCGAAAACCGGAAAACCUGUUGCCAAGGAGAUCGUAAGGAAAAGGACGAAAAUCACGAGGAGAAACCGAUCGUAGAAUGGCCGUCAGCCGGGCGACCAUUCCCUGGGUCGCUGUAUUCUUCUUCCGAAAACUCUCCCCAGAAGCCACGUUGA